UGCUCUUCUUGUAAAGGGUGUCCCAAUCUGUCAGUUCUCAGAGAGCCCAGCCCACUCUCAUAAGAGCAGCCCUCACACACGGACGCAAACACUCUCUCUCUCUCACACACACGCACACACUCACUCUCUCUCUCUCUCACACACAAAUACAUCCUCACGCAGUGGCACACAAACUGAGAGUUCCAGAGACUGUCUGCCCCUCACCACUGCUGGCGACGGAAAAAACACUCGCACUCCGACAGGCAAGCUCUCCAGCGCUCUCUGCACCGACACGCUCGCUCACACUCACACGCACACACACAUAAAGAACCUGCACCGGUGGUCCAUAAUGGAUGUACUGAAGAAAGGCUUCUCCAUUGCUAAGGAGGGCGUGGUGGCGGCAGCUGAGAAGACCAAGGCGGGUGUGGAGGAAGCGGCCGCUAAGACUAAAGAGGGGGUCAUGUACGUUGGAACGAAGACCAAGGAAGGAGUGCAGUCAGGUGUAAACACAGUUGCCCAGAAGACAACUGAUCAGGCUAAUACUGCGACUGACGCAGCAGUGGCCGGUGCCAACGAAGUGUCAGAGAAGGCAGUGGAGGGCCUGGAGCAGGCCGUGGCAGCAACCGGCCUGGAGGAUCCAAUGGCUGAGGUGGAGAUCACCAAAACAGAAGAGGGUGCCGAGGAGGCUGCUGAGGUGGCACAGUAGGUGAGAGAGCAGGAGAUGAGGAGGGGAGAGAAAGAGGAGAGAAGGGUUUAAAUGUUGUACUCCAGGAUCCCUUCCCCACCCCAUGUCACCUCUUCGGUUAGGAGGAAAACAUCUGCUGGCAACCCCAUGCCUGCUGUUCAGUUCAUUACCGUCAUGCAAAGGACACCGGAGCUGAUUUGUCUACUACUUUACUAUUGUUAUGUAGUUUUUUUAUUUAUAUGCAACACACAGACACACACACACACACAAUGCAAACAUUUUUACCUCAGCCCCCAUCAUGUGCAAACACACACACACAGACACUGACAAUGUUACUGACAGACAAGCUUAUAUAUAAGAGAAACCAGCCCAACCAACACUAAGACACGCAUGACACCCCCGUGACAGACAACUACUGUAUGGGGGCAGACGCCUAGCCAUGUUCACGGUCACACAACGUGGCUCAACCUUUCCCCUUUCCCUUUGGUGUAUACGCUGUCAGCUAGAGUAGUUCCUGCCAUUCAGCAGUGAAGAUAACGCAUAACAUUGUACAUAUGCUGUCGCUGUGUGAGGUUUGCUGAUUAAGCCAUUGAAGUGAAGGCCUGUCUUGUCUGGGUUAGACAUUAUGAGUGUCACUAAGGAGGUUCAAUGAAGGAAAGGAAUACUAGCAGAACCACAGGGCUCUAAGGCCUAACUACUCUAGAACCGAGCAUAAAACUUGAAACCAUAUGACUGUGUUUGGUGUAGGAGCUUUGAUGUAUUGCCGGAGGGUUGACAUCUAGGGAUGGCUGGGAUGAAUAUUAGCUGUGAAAUGUUUUGUCAGUAGAUGAGACGUGCUCCUGUUUACUGAGAAAAUGACUUAGGUCAGCUGCUGUGAGAGACAGUCCAACACUGACACUGAAGAGUUUCCUCUUAUUCUAAUUCAGGGGGCCAAAUAUCUUUUCACUAAUCUUUGUUUUAAGCCAUACACAAGGCUCCAUUAGCUUUUAUUCUACAUACAUAAACAUAAACCCACACAGGUACACACACAACCUCAAUAGACGAUUGCUUGACUCAUCUAGUCCAUAACCUGUCACUGAACCAGACCUCUGAUUUUAUAAACUGGAACUUCAAUAAAGACCAUUUUGUUUAAUUCCAAA